GAGAGUAGUUUCGUAGAGUCUUCUUCUUCUUCUUCUUCUACAACUCUCUCUCUCUCUUCCUCACAGGUCACUGGAGAGAGAGAGAGAGAGAGAGAAGCUUUGGUGUUAAAAAAGCAAAGGAAUCAAAGCAGUUGGGUUUCUGUUGGUUGGGAGUAAGGAGAAGGGGACUCUUUUGUCAAGGGAUAACCCCACUCUUCAAUUUCUACUACAUGUUCUUCAUCAUUCCCUCCCCCUCCUCCGGUGCCGGCGCCGGAUUUGGAUUCCGGGAAAUGUCUUCGCCUUUCUCACCUACUUCCCUCGCCAUCGCUCCCUUGCCGGAGCUCUUCGUGUUUCUGGCCCCGUUUAACUCUUCCAUCUCUUCAUCAAUGCCAUGACAAACUUUCAUCUAACAAAUCCAUAUAUUUAAAACCCUAGUUAGUUAGGCUUAAAGGAUUUACCAAAUAUUACCCUCAUUCCACUCACUUGUGUAUACCAUACUCAAUGAAAGCUCUCCGGAGAACUCAAACUUCGUCCUCAUCCAAUUCCAAUCCCAAUUCCAACUCCAACUCCAAUUCUUCUUCUCCUUCCUCGUCCUGGGUUCACUUGCGUUCCGUUUUAGUGGUUGUCAGCUCCUCCUCGCCAUCUUCAUGUUCUUCCUCUGAUCGGAGUCGUCUCAAAUCACCAUGGUCGCGUAGAAAAAGAAAACAUGCACUUUCACCUCGACAGUGGAAAACUGUGUUUAAUCCAGAUGGAAAACUCCGCGAUGGUGGAAUUAAGUUUCUAAAAAAAGUUCGCAGUGGAGGUGUUGAUCCAAGUAUUCGGGCAGAGGUCUGGCCUUUCCUUCUUGGAGUCUAUGACCUCAAGAGUUCUAAAAAGGAAAGGGAUAUUAUCAAGACUCAAAAAAGAAAGGAAUAUGAAAAACUCCGCAAACAGUGCAGGCGGUUAAUAAAACGUAGGAAUGAAAGCUCUAAGUGGAAUGAAUUUAGGGACAUGAUUGAUGUUGGGGAAGACGGCUUUCUUGUCCGAGACAUAGAUUCUCCUAGUUCGGAAGAUGUGGUUAGUGCUAGAGAGUCCCUUUCAAGCGAAGAAAGGUGUUCCAAUGUUGAACUUUUAGAUGAAGCCUUCUGCUCUUUGUUGGAAGGGGAAGGGAGUUCAAGACGGAUAACAGCUGAUAGUUCUUUGGUACUGAAUUCGGACUUCUCAGAUUCGGACUCCUCAGAUGACUUGGAUCUUAGUCAAACAUUUCCCUCCAUGGAUGGAAUGGAAGAGCCUUAUCUUGAUAUGACACUCAAGGAAAAUUCUUCUCCCUCUAGCACCGAUGUCUCAUCAAAGCUCCACAAUAGUGAAGAUUUUGCAACAUGGCAGCGGAUUAUUCGACUUGAUGCACUUCGUUCUAACUCAGAAUGGGUACCAUACUUGUCAUCUCAAGCAACGGUUUCGGAUGGCAGAGCUAGGCGGUGUGCUGAGGCUGUUGGUUUAGUUGAUUACGACCAUCUAGAACCUUGUAUGAUUUUCCAUGCUGCAAGGCUAGUGGCAAUUCUUGAAGCAUAUGCUCUCUAUGACCCCGAAAUUGGUUAUUGUCAAGGCAUGAGCGAUCUACUCUCUCCUAUCAUUACCGUGAUUUCAGAGGAUCACGAGGCAUUCUGGUGUUUUGUUGGUUUCAUGCGCAAAGCUCGCCACAACUUUAGGCUUGAUGAGGUUGGGAUUAGAAGGCAAUUAAACAUAGUCUCUAAGAUUAUUAGGAGCAAGGACUCGCACCUUUACAAGCACUUGGAGAAACUUGAGGCCGAGGAUUGCUUUUUUGUGUACCGGAUGGUUGUGGUGCUAUUCAGAAGGGAAUUGACAUUUGAACAGACGUUAUGUCUGUGGGAAGUGAUAUGGGCUGACCAGGCAGCCAUAAGGGCUGGAAUAGGGAAGUCUGCAUGGAGCCGGAUAAGGCAACGAGCUCCACCAACAGAUGAUUUACUGCUCUAUGCAAUCGCUGCUUCAGUACUGCAGAGAAGAAAACUGAUCAUAGAGAAGUAUAAUAGCAUGGAUGAAAUUCUGAGGGAAUGUAAUAGCAUGGCUGGGCACCUUGAUGUGUGGAAACUUCUCGAUGGUGCACACGAUUUGGUGGUAACCUUACACGAUAAGAUAGAGACGUCCUUUCAGUAAGUGACGGGUUCAUUUCCAUUCCAGUUUUCACUAACUUGUGGGUGUGCUCUUGGCUGUUGGUUGUUGGGGUCCUGAAAAAGAUGGGAAUUUAGGCCAUUUCGGUAUGCUGUUGGAUGAGUGCAGCUUACAACGAAAAGCUCCUAAGUUUGAAUUGGUGUUUGGGUUAGUGCAGCAUAUUAUAAAACCUCAAAAGUUAUGACAUGAUUGCAGCAGGGAUUCAUUCGAAUGAUGAAGAAAACUGGUUGGCUUUUGUGUCUGAUUCAUUCAAAUGUGAAGAUGAUGAAUCAUUGAAGUUUGUGUGGGAUGAGAUGAUUAGAAUAGAGCCGAAUCAAAUGAUUCUUGUGAACGCCAGUUUUCGUAUCGUAUCAAAAACAAACUUAUCAACUCGCCAUUCAUGUGUUGGCAUACAAACAUGUCGCAAACAAGUCAUGUUGCUUUGCUUUGUGGUAUAAGUUAUAUGAACUUCUGACCUAUUUGUCUCACUAAUUCAAAACCAUUCAUAAAUGUAUCAUUUGGAUGGCUA